UUUUUUUUGAAAUAUGAAAUAAUUUUUAAGCAAAUGGGCAACUGAAACGGAAUUUUCUCAAAAUGAACUAAUGAUGAUAAUGUGCGUAAAGUGGACAAAGCAAGUGUAAAAGCAGCAGUAGAGCAUAACACAAGAAUGAGGAAUAACAACCCAGCAGGGAAUACUCAUACUAAAUAAAGGAGCAACUGACGGAACUGAUAAUGGAGUUCAUGAUUGGAAUACCAAAGGAAACCAAGAUGAAGGCUCAACGGCCUUCUCCGAUCCUCCUAACCAAAGAGUGAAGAAGGGAGAAGUUACUCUUCCAAAUGGAGCUAAGUACUCAGGAGAGUGGAUGAACGGCAAAAGAGAUGGCUAUGGAACCCAGAUCUGGGUUGAUGGUUCUAGGUAUGAAGGCAACUGGAGCGUAGAUAAAGCUAAUGGACAAGGCAAACUCUUCCAUGCAGAUGGAGACAUUUACGAAGGAGGAUGGCUUGACGACAAGGCUCAUGGUUUUGGAAGAUACACUCAUGCUAACGGAGCCACAUACGAGGGAGAAUGGAAAGAAGAUAAACAGCACGGACAGGGUGCUGAAACAUGGCCUGAUGGAGCGAAAUAUAACGGUGCAUAUGCUGAUGGUAAAAAGCAUGGUAAAGGAACCCUCAACUUUGCAGAUGGAUCUGUUUAUGAUGGAGACUUCAAUAACAAUGAGAUUAGCGGUCUAGGAGUUUAUAGAUGGAACGAUGGCAAGAAAUAUGAUGGAGAGUGGUAUGGAAAUAAAAUGAAUGGGAGAGGUGUCCUUGAGUGGCCAGAUGGGAAACUCUAUGAAGGAGAGUUCUAUGACGACAAGAGGCAUGGCCAAGGAAGGUUUAAAUGGAAGGAUGGAAAAAUUUAUGAUGGCCCAUGGAGCCGAGGAAAGCAGGAUGGAGUCGGUACUUUUAUUGGUGUUGGAGGAGUCGAAAAGAAAGGGCUUUGGGAAUCAGGAAAGAGAGUCAAAUGGAUUCAGAAUGAAUAAU